CAAAGGCCUCGGGAUUACGGCUGCGGGAUCGGCCGCAGGUUAAAAAUGACAAGGAAUUUGUCUGUGGGAAUCUUGAACACAACACGUCGGUUUUGCUGUCUCUGUACAGAUAUUUAAGAAGUGGAGCAAGGGAUUCACUCGAUCAUCCUUCCUGCUCAGACUGUGGGGAGGGAUUCACUCGAUCAUCUCAACUGAAGGUACAUCUGCAAGUUCACACUGGGACAAGGUCAUUCAACUGUUCUGUGGGUGAGAAGGGAUUCAGUCGGUCUUCCCACCUCUGGACACACCAGUUAGUACUCACUGGGCAGAUUGCUAGUCAUCUGCUGAAUUUGUAGGGAAGGAUUCACUCGGUCAUCUGACCUAAUGGCUCACCUGCCAGUUCACACUGGGGACCGGCUAUUCACCUGCUUGGACUGUGGGAAGGGAUUCACUGAAUCAUAUAAGCUACUGAGACACCAGUCAGUUCACACUGGGGAGCAGCCGUUCACGUGCUCAGACUGUGGGAAGGGAUUCCCUUGUUUCUCUAAACUGAAGGUACAUCAGCGAGUUCACACCGGGGAGCGGCCGUUCACCUGCUCGGACUGUGGGAAGGGAUUCACUGAAUCAUUUAACCUGCGGAUACACCGGUCAAUUCACACCGGCGAGAGGGCGUUCACGUGCUCAGACUGCGGGAAGGGAUUCACUUGCUCAUCCCAACUGAAGGUGCAUCAGCGAGUUCACACUGGGGAGAGGCCGUUCACCUGCUCAGACUGUGGGAAGGGAUUCACUUCGUACUCUGUUUUACAGAGACACAGGCGAGUUCACACUGGGGAGAGGCCAUUCACCUGCUCAGUGUGUGGGAAGGGAUUCACUCGAUCAUGCUACCUACAAGCACACAGGUCUGUUCACACUGGGGAGAGGCCAUUCACCUGUUCCGACUGUGGGAAGGGAUUCACUCGAUCAGCCCAACUGAAGGUACAUCAGCGAGUUCACACUGGGGAGAGGCCGUUCACCUGCUCCGACUGUGGGAAGGGAUUCACUCAGUCAUCUGAACUGAAGAAACACCAGCGAGUUCACACUGGAGAGAGGCCGUUCACUUGCUCAGUGUGUGGGAAGGGAUUCAUUCGGUCAUCCCACCUACUGACACAUCAGUCAGUUCACACUGGAGAGAGGCCGUUCACCUGCUCAGACUGUGGGAAGGCAUUCACUCGGUCAUCUGUCCUAGAGAGACACUGGCAAAUUCAUGCUGGGGAGCGGCCAUUCACCUGCUCAGUGUGUGGGAAGGGAUUCACUUGCUCAUCCCUACUGAAGGUACAUCAGCGAGUUCACACUGGAGAGAGGCCAUUCAUCUGCUCAGACUGUGGGAAGGGAUUCAUUCAGUCAUCUGAACUGAAGGUACAUCAGCGAGUUCACACUGGAGAGAGGCCUUUCACCUGCUCAGACUGUGGGAAGGGAUUCACUUCGUCCUCUCAACUUAAGAUACAUCAGCGUGUUCACACUGGAGAGAGGCCAUUCACCUGCUCAGUCUGUGGGAAGGGAUUCACUUCGUCAUCUCAACUUAAGGUACAUCAGAGAGUUCACACUGGGGAGAGGCCGUUCAUCUGCUCAGACUGUGGAAAGGGAUUCAUUCAGUCAUCUGAAUUGAAGGUACAUCAGCGAAUUCACACUGGAGAGAAGCCAUUCACCUGCUCAGUCUGUGGGAAGGGAUUCACUUGCUCAUCUCAACUGAAGGUACAUCAGCGAGUUCACACUGGAGAGAGGCCGUUCACCUGCUCAGACUGUGGGAAGGGAUUCACUUGCUCAUCUCAGCUGAAGGUACAUCAGCGAGUUCACAGAGGAGAGAGGCUGUUCACCUGCUCAGACUGUGGGAAGGGAUUCACUUCGUCCUCCCAACUACUGAGUCACCAGCGAGUUCACACUGGAGAGAGGCCGUUCACCUGCUCAGACUGUGGGAAGGGAUUCACUCAGUUGUCUCAUCUACAGCGACACCAGCAUGUUCACACAGGGGAGAGGUCGUUCACCUGCUCAGUGUGUGGGAAGAGAUUCACUCGGUCAUCCAACCUACAGAAACACCAGCGAAUUCACACUGGGUAGAGGCUGAUCACCUGCUCAGACUUCGGGAGGAGAUUCUCUCAACCAUCGCCACCAAAUGUCCAUCACUGAGUUCACACUGGGGAGAGGCCGUUCACCUGCUGUGAAUGUGUGAAGCAAUUCGCUCAGUCAUCUAACCUUAAGUAACUCUCGCUUCAGCUAGCAGCUUAAUAUAGGGGGUGAUAGCCCCCAGCCCGGCCAAACUUAAGAAAUCUCAUAAGCUGCGCGAUGUGUCCCCUGUUACAAAUUAGUACCCUCAAAUAACAAACGGUACACAAUUGCGAUUAAACGAUUGGGCUUUGUAGUUCUUACUUUGACUAUAGGGUUAGUAAAGAAAAAAUAAAGGAAAAGGGCCCACUCUCUCCAUUCAUGUCUUCUCAUCUCUCCCCAGCAAAAGACCGCAAAAAUCUCUCUUCCAGACUCACAAGGAAGAACAACAUUUCUCUCAUUGGAUAGCCCUGCACUUCAAAACCCUGUUGUCUCUGGUCGUAACGUGAUCAUCCACAAUCAGUAUCCAGUUCCUGCCUUAUCCCCAUAACCUUUGAUUCCACUAUCUUUAAGAGCUCUAUCCAUCUCUUUCUUGAGAGCAUCCAGAGACUUGGCCUCCACAGCCUUCUGGGGCAGAGCAUUCCAUAUAUCUACCACUCUCUGGGUGAAAAAGCUUUUCCUCAACUCCGUUCUAAAUAGCCUGCCCCUUAUUCUUAAACUGUGGCCUCUGGUUCUGGACUCACCCAUCAGUGGGAACAUGCUUCCUGCCUCCAGCGUGUCCAAUCCCUUAAUAAUCUUAUGUUUCAAUAAGAUCCCCUCUAAUCCCUCUAAAUUCCAGAGUAUACAAGCCCAAUCACUCCAAUCUUUCAACAUAUGACAGUCCCGCCAUCCCGGGAAUUAAUCUUGUGAACCUACUCUGCACUCCCUCAAUAGCAUGAAUAUCCUUCCUCAAAUUUGGAGACCAAAAUUGCACACAGUACUCCAGGUGUGGUCUCACCAGGGACCUGUACAACUGCAGAAGGACCUCUUUGCUCUAAUACUCAAUUCCCCUUGUUAUAAAGGCCAGCAUGCCAUUAGCUUUCUUCACUGCCUGCUGUACCUGCAUGCUUGCUUUCAGUGACUGAUGUACAAGAACACCUAGAUCUCGUUGUACUUCCCCUUUUCCUAACUUGACACCAUUUAGAUAGUAAUCUGCCUUCCUGUUCUUGCCAGCAAAGUGGAUAACCUCACAUUUAUUCACAUUAAAUGGCAUCUGCCAUGCAUCCGCCCACUCAGCCAGCCUGUCCAAGUCACCCUGCAUUCUCAUACGUCCUGCUCACAUUUCACACUGCCACCCAGCUUUGUGUCAUCAGAAAACUUGGUGAUGUUACUUUUAAUCCCUUCAUUCAAAUCAUUAAUAUAUAUUGUAAACAGCUGUGGUCCCAGCACAGAACCCUGCGGUACCCCACUGGUCAUCGCCUGCUGUUCUGCUAUUAAUCCCUACUGUUUGUUUCCUGUCUACCAACCAAUUUUCUAUCCAUGUCAGUACCCUACCCCCAAUACCAUUUGCUCUAAUUUUGCACACUAACCUCCUAUGUGGGACCUUAUUAAAGGCUUUCUGAAAGUCCAGGUACAUUACAUCCACUGGCUUUCCCAUGUCCAUUUCCAUAGUUACGUUCUCAAAAAAUUCCAGAAGAUUAGUCAAGCAUCAUUUCCCCAUCAUAAAUCCAUGCUGACUCGGACUUAUCCUGCCACUGCUAUCCAAAUGUGCUGCUAUUACAUCUUUUAUAAUUCAUUCCAGCAUCUUCCCCACCACUGAUGUCAGACUAACUGGUCUAUAAUUGUCUGUUUCCUCUCUCCCUCCUUUAUUCAAAGGUGGGAUUACAUUAGCUACCCUCCAAUCCACAGGAACUGACCCUGAAUCUAUAGAACAUUGGAAAAUGAUUACCAAUAGACAGGUAUAUGGAGCUCAGGAAAAUAGAGGGUGAUGCGGUCGGGAAAUUCCAGGCAGUUUCUGGAGUAGGUUACAUGGUCGCACAACAUUGUGAGCCGAAGGGCCUGUAAUCUGCUGUAGAUUUCUGAUUCUAUGAAAUUCAAGGGAAAUCUCUUCUCCUGCAGAGUAGUGACUAGUUGCAACCUGUCAUCACGGGGAGAGUGAGAGGUGAAGUGAACAACAGGGCUAGACUUUAAGAUACUGAUAUGGAACAGAAACAUGGGCAGGGACCAGACGGACUGAGUGGCCUCUCUAGUGUACAUUGUAAGUUCGGCAGAGACAGUAAGUAUCUGUGACAUGAGAUUUGAAACAGAACUGAUUUAUCUUUUACAGAUCCACAAUAUUAAACACCAGUCUAGUUUAAGGCUAACAUCAGAAGAACAUUUGAUUUGAUAAGGUACACCAGGCAAGGCUUAUUGAGAAAGUAAGGAGGCCUGGGAUCCAAGAGGACAUUGCUUUCUGGAUCCAGAACUGGCUUGCCCACAGAAGGCAAAGAGUGGUUGUAGACAGGUCAUAUUCUGCAUGGAGUUCGGUGACCAGUGGUGUGCCUCAGGGAUCUGUUCUGGGACCCCUACUCUUUGUGAUUUUUAUAAAUGACCUGGAUGAGGAAGUGGACAGAUGGGUUCGUAAAUUUGCUGAUGACACUAAGGUUGGAGGUGUUGUGGAUAGUGUGGAGGGCUGUCAGAGAUUAUAGCAGACAUUGAUAGGAUGCAAACCUGGUCUGAGGAGUAGAAGAUGGAAUUCAACACAGAUAAGUGUGAGGUGGUUCACUUUGGUAGGUCAAAUAUGAUGGCAGAAUAUAGUAUUAAUGGUAAGACUGUUGGUAGUGUGGAGGAUCAGAGGGAUCUUGUGGUCUGAGUCCAUAGGUUACUCAAAGCUGCUACGCAGGUUGACUCUGUGGUUAAGAAGGCGUACGGUGCAUUGGCCUUAAUCAACCCUGGGAUUGAGUUUAGGAGCUGAGAGGUAGUGUUACAGCUAAAUAGGACCCUGGUCAACCCCACUUGGAGUACUGUGCUCAGUUCUGUUCGCCUCACUACAGGAAGGACGUGGAAACCACAGAAAGAGUGCAGAAGAGAUUUACAAGGAUGUUGCCUGGAUUGGGGAGCAUGCCUUAUGAGAAUAGGUUGAGUGAACAUGGCCUUUUCUCCUUGGGGCGACAGAGGAUGAGCGGUGACCUGAUAGAGGUGUAUAAGAUGAUGAGAGGCAUUGAUCUUGUGGAUAGUCAGAGGCUUUUUCCCAGGGCUGAAAUGGUUGCCACAAGAGGGCACAGGUUUAAGGUGCUGGGCUCCAGGUGCAGAGGAGAUGUCGGGGCAAGUUUUUUUACGCAGACUGUGGUAAGUGUCUGGAAUGGGCUUCCGGUGACGGUGGUGGAGGCGGAUAUGAUAGGGUCUUUGAAGAGACUCCUGGACAUGGAAGUUAGAAAAAUAGGGGGCUAUGGGUAACCCCAGGUAAUUUCUGAGAUAAGGAUAUAUUCGGCACAGCAUUGUGGCUGAAUGGCGUAUGUUCUGCUGUAGUUUUUCUAUGUUUCUAAUUUCCAUUCACAUUCCUCCUGCCUCACUGGACAGCAACACUGAAACAUCAAGUGAGAAACACCAGGAGGCGGCCAUUCAGCCCCUCUAACCAUCAACAGAAUGGUGGCAGCUCUCCCAUCUCAGCCAUAUGUUUCUGCCCGAUCCUCAAUUCCUCGAUCCCUCUGGUCUCCACACAUCUGUCGGCCUCUGAUUUAUAUGAGGAUGAUCACUGAGUCUUCACCGGCCUCUGUGGUGGGGAUUUACAGACAUUCACCACCCUCGGAGUGGAGACAUUUCCCCUCAUCUCAGUCCCGGACAGUCCACCCCCUUUUUCAGAGACUGGGAUCCCUGGUUCAGCCGGUAAUGAUGUUGUGCAUUUCAAUGUGGUCACCUCUCAGUCCUCGAUUCUCCAAACGAAAGGGUUAUCACAUUUGAUCUUUCUUCAUAUGAUGACCCCACCACUCCAGGGAUCAGUCUGGUGAAUCUUCAUUGCACUCUCUAUAACAAAUACUCUCCAACCUCUUUGUUAAUCCUCUAUGGAAUUAAUUUCCAUCUUCUGCAGCCCCGUGUUGC